AUGUCUCCCGAUGUCGCCGAGGACGACCCUGGCCAGGCGUCGACCAACGACUGGCAGGCUAACGACGCUCCAUCGCCAUCUCUCAGCGCCAAGUCGGACAACGAAGACGACGAUGGUAACAACUCGAUCGACGCGCCAUCCCAGCCCAUCCAAAAACGACGACGAGUGACUCGCGCCUGUGACGAAUGCCGCCGCAAGAAGAUUAAGUGCGAUGGCAAACAACCUUGCACGCACUGCUCCGUCUACAGUUACGAAUGCACAUACGAUAAACCUUCAAAUCGAAGGAGAAACCCCGCACCACAAUAUAUCGAAGCCCUCGAAAGCCGCCUACAACGGGCCGAGUCGCUGCUUCACAAGUUCAUGCCCGACGUCGAUCUGGCCGACCCCAAUCUGGAUCCAGCUAUUCAGCAAGAAUUUCACAACCGCGAAAAUGCCCGGUCUGGCUCCAAGGCUCGGCAAAUCUUGCAUACUCCUCAGUCGCAACAUUCUCAGCUCGUUCAGCCCGACCCCAACGAAGCUCAUCUCACCUCCAUGAUUGAUUCCAUCGGACAACUUGAGUUAGACGACCGAGGAGGUUGGGAUUUCCAUGGAGUCUCGUCCGGUGCCGUUUUCCUGAAGCGAAUGAAGGAGCAUUUCCGAGGGAUGCUAGGCCCCGUGGGAAAGACCCCCUUCCUGGCACGACCUGAUCGAACUCCCGGCCUCGCGAACCUCGACUCACCUUCGCCAGCCGCUCACUCGCCAUUCUCCGCCGUACCCUCUUGUCCUGAGCUCCCGCCUAAGGAGGUGGCCCGUAAGCUCUGCUACUACUCCCUCAGCUGCGCGACAUGUCUUGUCCGUAUCGUCCACGUUCCGACGUUCUACGAGAACUUUGAAAAGUUGUACGAAAAACCGCUCGACAACCUGUCCCAAGAUGAAACACACUUCCUGGGGCUCCUGUUUGCUGUCAUGGCCUUGGGCUGCAUGUACAACAACUUGGACGAUGACUCGGGAGGCGGCAUGGCCUUCCGAGAAGCCAGUGAAGAAGGAAUUAAAUACUAUAACUCGGCACGAGCCCUCCUGCAAGACAUAACGGAGUGCCGCGACCUCACCUCAUUACAGGCUCUCCUGUUUAUCAUUCUUUUCCUCCAAGCCACAUCAAAUCUCAGCGGCUGCUACUCUUUUGUCGGCAUCGCUCUCCGCUCAGCGCUACGAAUAGGCCUCCACCGACACCUGCAACACGAGAAGCUCAACACCAUCGAGGAAGAAGUACGAAAACGCGUCUUCUACGUGAUACGACAGAUGGACAUUUAUGUUUCAACCUUGCUCGGCUUUCCCCUCCUCCUCAACGUCGACGAUAUCGAUCAACCCUUUCCUGCCGAAGUCGAUGACGAAUUCAUCACACCCACGGGAAUUCUGCAGCCGCCUAUUGGGACGUCUUCCUUCUUCGAAGCCUUCAACGCUCACUCCCAGUUGAUGGAGAUUCUCUCUAAAGUUACGAAAUAUGUCUACCCGAUGAAGGGUCUGGGCCAGAGCGUCAUGAAGGACAACAAGCCGACAUCAACCUACCUCAUCAGCUACGGACGGAUCAAGGAAAUCGAAGCUGAAUUGCACUCUUGGUUUGAGAGGCUCCCACAGAACUGGCGUCCGAGCGCCGACGGUCCGAUUGAAGUCGUACGGGUGCGCCAUCUGCUGAGGUUUGCCUAUGCACACGUGCAGCUGGUUCUGUAUCGACCCUUUCUACACUACGUAUCUCCCCGCCUCAGCCAAGGAACCAAGGUCGAUGAGCUAUCAUACGCUUGCGCAGCGGCGGCAAUCAGUGUGUCUCGCAAUAUUGUGCACAUUGGUCUCGAGAUCCGCAAGCAGCGUGUUCUGAGUGGACCAUAUUGGUUCAUGCUUUACACCGAGUUCUUUGCCGUCCUCUCUCUGGUAUUCUAUGCUACUGAGAACCCAGAGAAGCCAGGAUCUGGCGAGGUGUUGGCCGAUGCCCGGGCAGGCAGACAAAUGAUUGCUGCUUUGGCAGAGAAGAGCAUGUCUGCCGAAAGGCUCUCGAAUGCCCUCCAGGUUUUGUUUGAUCAACUGCCCGAUCAAUUGGACCCUGGCCGCAUGCGAACAGUGCCCUCCAAGAAGAGAUCGGCGCCAAUGGGCCGACCGUCAUCUGUUUCAUCGCAGCAAACCACGAUGCCCACAAGCAUGUCAUCGCGACAGACGACAGACUACGUUCGUGGUACCAGUCAACUCACCAACACCAGCUAUGCAACGAGUUUCACGCAGGGCACCAUGGACCAUGUGCCGACGACCAGCGGUCCCAGCUUCCAAGACGGCGCGUUCUCGUCCAACUUUGGAGACUUCAUGUCCUUGGACAUGCAGGCCCGGCAUACGCCCGAGUCCACCAGCACAGCGGCCAGCUCGCAGCGCAACCCAUACCCGUCGCAGCCGCUCAAUAUCCAAAACCCCGUGAACAAGCUCGACUCGCUCAUGUUCCCAUCGGAAGAUCCAUUUGCUUAUCCCAACCAACCGAUGAUGGAGCUGGGAUACCCUGGCAAAUCGGACCCGCCGAGCAGCGUGUCAGACCAAGGAGGCCAGGACAUGCAGCUGUUCCUGACGGGUACAUUUGACGAUGUGGAGAGCCAGAUCUUCGGACAGCCCCCGCCGUACAUGAUGCACCAGCAAGGCCAGCCAGUGAUGAACCUGUCGAACCAAAUGUUUGACCCUGGCAUGAUGGGGAUGCAAGCUUCCCCGAGCCACCCCAUGGUGCCACACCAGCGACACCCGCAGGCGCAGGGGCAGUCAAGUGUUCGUGGGCAGCACCCAGCGCACUUGAUGGCAAGUCGACGAGCGCACACGCAGCGGCACCAGGAGAGGCAGAUUCAACAGAUGUUUACGGAGCAAGGCAUGCAGGCAGACUGGGGGAGUUUCUUUGGUUCUGGACGGGGAGGAUUUCAAGGCAUGGGAAUGAUGACUUGGACACUGGGACACGGGUUCCAGGGCAAAAGUCCCAGACACCUUUACUCGGCUCGGAUUUCGGCGUGGACACGUACGUACUACUUAUGGAGGUACGCAGGCGCUGUAAUUGCAGUCCGUGCUGGUUGCUGCACGAUGGCCCAACGGAACCGCCUAUUGGACACCGCCAUGGCGACCCAGCUGCCGAAGCCGAUUUGCGGGGAGCCAGCAUCCGCUUCAGCUUCAGCACCGGUUUCAGCACGUGCCGAUAGACCCGGACCACUUGAAUAUGAGCUGGUGCUGGAGGAUGAGUUUGACGCCUUGUCUGUUGAGGUGAAGAAGGGUGAUCAUCUCCAAAGCAGCACUACCAGCUCUACCAGCACUACCAGCAGCACCAACAAGUAUCCCGCUAAACUCCACGCCCGCAAGGUCGCUGCCGAACUCGGCGUCAGUGAUGGCCUCAUCUUCCUCCCCGGCGAGCCAACUCGUCUCUACGAGGACUCGGAUCAGUCGCCUCCCUUCAAGCAGCGCAGAUACUUCUACUACUUGACGGGUGCUGACUUCCCCGACUGCGCUGUCACCUACGAAAUCGCCACUGACCGCCUCACCCUCUGGAUCCCCUAUGUUGAGCCGCGCCAGGUUCUCUGGUACGGUGCCACGCCGAAUGCGGCCGAGGCCAUGCGCUCCUACGACGUCGACGACGUUCGUUACACUGCUCAGCUGUCCAAGUUCCUCCACAGCCAGCUCCGUCCAGCCACUACGCUGUACAUCUUGCACCCCGAUCAGGUCCCCAAGUUGGCUGAUCGCCCUCGCGGCCAGACGCACAUCAACUACUCCAAGUUGCGUCCCGCCAUGGACCAGGCCCGUGUUAUCAAGACCGACUUUGAGGUUGCGCUUAUCCGCCGCGCUGCUCUCAUCUCGUCCGCUGCCCACCGCGCGGUUGCUGAGAAACUCCUGACCAUGCGCAAUGAGCAAGACGUUGAGGCUGUACUCAUUGCCGAGUGCACUGCCCGCGGUGCCCACGCCCAGGCCUAUCCCAUCAUCGCCGGCGCGGGAACCAAUGCUUCGACGCUUCACUACGACGCCAAUAACCAGCCGCUCGAAGGCAAGCAGCUGAUCGUUAUCGAUGCCGGCUGCGAGUUCAAGUGCUACGCCAGUGACAUCACCCGCACGCUGCCCAUCUCGGGCUCCUUCAGCACCGAGGCCGCCGCCAUCCACGCCAUCGUCCAGCGAAUGCAAGACGAGUGUAUCGCCCGCAUCCGCCCGGGCUGCAUCUUCUACGCGCUGCACCUGCACGCUGCCGACGUGGCCAUCCGGGGCCUGCUGAAGCUAGGCAUCCUGGUCGGCAGCUUCGAUGAGAUCCAAAAGGCCGGUACUGUCGCAGCAUUCUUCCCGCACGGCUUGGGACACCAUGUCGGCUUGGAGGUCCAUGAUGUGACCGGCACCGACCGUCUCCUGAUGCGCGAGAGCUUCCAUAUCGAGGGUGGUAAGCGUGAGAUGGUGACUCCGACGACGUUGACCGGACUCCGACGCAUGGCAUCUGCUCCGCCGCCUUACAAGGGACGACAGGCCCUCCGACCGAACAUGAUUGUGACGGUCGAGCCAGGGAUUUACUUCUGCCGGCCCUUUAUCGAGGGUUACUUCCUCAGCAACGCCACACACGCUCAGUUCAUCGACCGUGAACUUCUCGAGAACUACUACGACGUCGGCGGCGUGCGAAUCGAAGACGACAUCCUGGUUACGGCGGAUGGGCAUGAGAACAUCUCGGCUGAGGCGCCCAAGGGCGACGAGCUGCUGGAUGUGAUUAAUGGAGCAUUUGAGAAGAUCUGA